AUGUCUUACAGGAAAUCUUUCAAACUAAUUUGCGCAUUCGCCGGUGGAUCAGCCGCGGUGGUUUUUGCAGCCGCCGCUGCUGACCUUCGCGGCUAUUUCGGCGAGAGAAAAAGCGAGACGGGAGUACGCUUGUCCAGACUAUCUGUGCUUGAAGCCGCGCAGCCGGCUUGGACGGCGGCGAGCAUUACCCCACUCCCGACAGGACACGCGUGGGACGCCAACUGGGACAAGAGAGACCCUUCUACGCUGUCCAAUGGCAAAAAAAAGGAGAGUACAACGGAAGAUCCCAGCUCAGAGCAGGACAAUGGCAAACCUAAAGCCACACGCAACAUCCUUCUCAUCAGACAUUCUCAGUACAACCUGAGCGGGAGCAGCGACAAAGAGCGCAUACUCACUCCUUUGGGCCGAGAGCAGGCCGAGUUGACGGGUCAUCGCCUCUCAGCGUUGGGAUUGAAAUAUGAUGUUCUGAUCCACUCCAGCAUGGCUAGAGCUACAGAGACGGCGCACAUCAUCAGCAAACACCUUCCAGGCGUGGAGCUUCUAAGUUGUGACUUGCUCCGAGAGGGCGCGCCAAUAGAGCCUGUUCCGCCCGUUACCCACUGGAAGCCUGACGCUGUGCAGUACCACGAAGACGGCGCACGCAUCGAAGCAGCCUUCCGACGCUACAUCCAUCGGGCGGAACCCAAGCAGAAGGAAGAUAGCUACGAGAUCAUCGUGUGUCAUGCCAAUGUCAUCCGCUAUUUUGUAUGCAGGGCCUUGCAGUUUCCACCUGAGGGCUGGUUACGUAUGGGGUUAAACAAUGGCAGCAUUACAUGGCUCACCAUUCGUCCCAGCGGCCGGGUGGCCCUACGAACUCUGGGAGAUGCAGGAUUCAUGCCUCCGGACAAACUAACGCGAACCUGA